CAAGAGAUGACGCUGUUGGUUGAACUCGGCCGCAUAUUUAUUUUUAAGCGUUGAACUGAAUGUUUCCUGUCUUUCAUAUAUAGUCUUUGAUAUAUACAUAUGCACAUUGCUAAAGUGAUUCCGCGACUUGAUGAAUCCGCAUUCGUCUUGCUAAAACGCCACCAACACAACACUUCUCGUUACAAAAUAUCUCAGCUGGCCAUGUAGAGACGCGAAAGUUGCACAAAGGACCAGCAGGACAUCGAGGCCGCGUUCAGAACCUUCAGUGCAGUCAGCUCGAAAGUAAACAUUCACGAUUUUAUCAUGCUGAUGUCUUAUAUCACACACUGCAUAGGUUUUGACACUCCUCUGAUGCAUAGUUUACAGCUGUCAUUGUUUACCUACAAAUGCUAUUGUGAUGUCAGCUCGUCCUGCUUGCCCGGCUGCGAAGGGGGUGAGAUGAACGAGAUGGACGACUUGUCCCGGAUGCCUAAGUAGGUUGUUCUGAAUCUGAAUGGUCAAAACAUCUUGUCCAGAGUGGUGGACGAAGAGUUCCAAAGGCAACAUUAUCACCUGCAUUCGCAUCAAGUGCACUGAUACAAACACUGCAAGGCAAUCCAACGCCAUGCCUCAGCACAAACCAGUGACGAGCUUGCAGCUCUUGACCCUAAGAACAGUGGCGCAUGCCCUCAGAAAACUGUGCUGCAACCGAAGUGUUACCAUGAAGCUCUUCGAACCUGUCAUUGAAUACGUCCAGAUGCUCCUCCCUCCGCAGAUUCAGGCGGCUGUGUGCCAUAAUCUCUUGCAGGAGUCCAGUAAGUUGGUCUUUCCUGAGCUGCUCAACAACAAGUACAUCUACAUCUGCACACGACUGCAUGCAGAGUAUGUUUGGAUUAUUGACAGCCGCAACAUUGUUCCAGUAAUGGACCAGAUGGAUGGAAGAAAUGUCAGGACACUCAAAAUGACAGGUCAAAAUAUGCAGCUGGACCCUGAUCUGGAGACAUCUCCAUAUAACUACCAGAAAUUCAAAAAGCUGGAGCCACUCUAUCGUUUCAUCCAAACACUCUCCGGUCUUACUGUGCUCAAGUGCUCUCAGAUGUGCAACAACUACAUGCUGGAGCUUGUGUCACAAACCUGUCCCAAUCUUGAGGAGUUGAGGGUUGAAAUGUGCUCAAAUGUGGAUGAUGAAGGGGUCUUCCACAUAGCGGGACACAUGCCUACACAUGAUACAUACUUGCAGAUCCAGAAUGGGGUGCGCAUACGCUCCACCUCAGUCUGCACAAAAUUGAAGAAGGUCAGCCUGGCAUACACCCUAGCAUGCACUGCUAGUGCUGUUGUGCUGUUGCAUUUUUGUCCAAACAUCGAGGAACUUGUUGUAACACCUUAUGUGAACAUAGGAGAUGUAUUUACAACAUUACAUGGUACAAAUCCAGAUAGAUAUGAGAAUGUUAGAAGUCGAUAUGCUUUAAAAACUUUGAGCAGUUAUAUGGAACAGGAUGAAAAUGCUUUAUCACUCAUUGUGAGGACAUGCCCCAAUUUAGAAGAUGUCACUUUGAGAUGCAAUGGUGUUGAGAGGAAAGACCGGAACUUGCUUGCAAAUAUCCUGGGGCUCAACUUAAGCAAGUUGAAGGUCAUGAGCUGCAGCAUGCCAGCACUUUUGUGGUAUCUGGAACAGAAAGGGACUGGUCUGACAAAGUUGUUCAUCGAGCACCUGAUCACAGCCCCGUCAAGUCUUACCUUCACCCGCACACAUCUGCAGCAGGUCAUAGCCACUUGCCCCAACCUCAAGCAUUUCACCCUCAAGCUCUACAACAACCCCAUCCAGCCGAAUGUAAGUUACUCAUUCUUUGGCUCCUCCCUCUUGUACUUCACCUCCUUGUCACACCUAACCCUUGAAGGCACCUCUGUCACCUCAGAAGACCUCUCUGUCCUGGUGGGCAAGUGCAAUAACCUCCGUGAACUGCACAUCCUCAUCCACAACCUGGACAUCCUUGAUGACCAUGUCCUGUCAGACCUACUUGCAUCAGGCAGCUUGCGAGGCCUACACACCCUCUACCUGGACCGCCCAAUGCUGACCCUGGCAGGGCUAAGAAGGCUCUUUGAGGAGUGUCCUGAACUACACACUGUUGGCCCUUUGUCCUCGUGGGCCAUCUCCAAGAAAGACAGGGAAGAGCUUGCAAGGGAAAUUAGAGCCAAGAACUGGGACCUGAACAUUGAGAGUCCAGAAAUGAUGCAGUUGUUUAUUCUCUGAAAAGGUGAAGAAUGGUACAGAACAAGUUGAUAUUUCUUUUAGGGGCUCUGUUCUGCUAGGGAGACUGAAGAACAAGUUGUUAAAUUUUACUGACUUGCAGCUUUAUUUAUUUAUUAGAUGAGAAAAGUUAUACAAAAUUUCCUGAUGCUGAGUAUAACCAGAUUCACAUAGAUUUUUUAAUCCUGAAUUUCUACAACUAUUUAAUUUUUAAUAGAAAUUUGUUAGAUUGACUUAACCCCUUGCUGACGGGUACGACUGGUAGACACGUACUAUUCCCACUGUUAGUACUUGUUUGAUUAUUUUUACACAUAGACGGCUAUACUAGUACAAAGUCACCAAUGAGCCAGUUACGAGUACUGCCCGUCUCGCCCGUUCACCCUUUUCUUUGACACACAC